AUGUCACCCACCCCCGAAAACCAAGACCUAGCCGAAGAAAUCGAAGCAGUAAAUGCCAUCUACGAACCAGACACAGUAACAGUAACGCGCACCCCCAACGGCACAUCCAAGAACACGCUCGACCUGGGCAGUCCUGCGCAAUCCAACGACACUGCACACACAACAGUGAACCUCCAAAUCCCAGGCCAACCUCAUCUGUCAUUUAUCGUCGGGUUUGAAGCCUCAUACCCCGAUUCCAGACCUACAGUGAUAGGAACAGCAUCGACAGCAGCGCGCGGCGAGGGCAAGAUCGCAAUUGAUGUACUGGAAGAUAUUGUCCAGCGAACAUGGCAGCCCGGGGCGGUAUGUCUGUUCGACUUGAUCAGCGAAGCUGUGGAGGUCUUCCCGGAAUUGAAUAUCGGCGGAGGAGGUAAAGACGAGGCUGGUGAAUCGGGAGAUUCGUCAAUGCAAGCGCAAACCCAAAAUGACGCAUCGACAUUUGAUGACGCGACGGCAGAGAGCUUUGAGGCUUUAUCGCUUCGUGAUGCGUUUGGCCUUGAUAGCCCGCCUGAUUGGAUCCUUUCGGAUGUUGUUACGGAGAAGAAGUCUGUGUUUGUGGGUCGUGUUGCGCGAGUUCAGAGCCUUGCGCAGGCGCAGGCUUACCUUGAUCAUCUUACUGCUACUGAUCGAAAGGUUGCUGCUGCGACGCAUAAUAUUAGUGCGUGGCGGAUUCGGCAGAGGAAGAUUGAAGGGAAUGGGGAGGAGGGGGAGACGAUUGUUCAGGAUUAUGAUGAUGAUGGGGAAACUGCUGCUGGAGGGCGGUUAUUGCAUGUCAUGCAGUUGAUGGAUGUGUGGAAUGUGGUUGUUGUUGUUACGCGGUGGUAUGGUGGGAUUCAUCUUGGCCCGGCGCGGUUCCGCCUCAUCAAUGAUGUUGGUCGUGAUGCGUUGGUCAAGGGUGGGUUCACCAAGGAGGAGGGGACUGCUGCUGAAAAGGGAAAGAAGAAGGGCAAGAAAUGA